AUGCCAUUAAUGAAAUGGAUACUCUACGUCAGUCCAAAAUGCCUAGAGAACGACGUGCAAGGUCAAAUAUAUCAUUUGCAUGGUUCAAUGGUGCCAACCACACCAGAUGAACCGCAUCAAUUUCUGCAAAUAUAUUUCAUUUCGUCGAUGGUGGAUCAGCUGAACGUGCGGUGCAAUAUACAGGGAGCACAACAGUUAAAGAGACGAAUUAUUGAACAGUUGCAAGCAUUUUUUCACGCUAAUAAUGCUGUGGUUAAUAUGUUCAAAACAGCAUUGGAACGAAUGCCAUCGGAUACGCACAAAUUUGUCAUAAGAGCGGAUUGUACUCCAACAGGUGAACAUGUGCGAAGAUUCAAUGCACCCACCGUUAAUGAUGUUGCUGCAAUUAUUGUUGGCGAUCCAACUAAAUCACGAGACAUUGUCGUUCAGCGAAGAAGCAAUAUCAUGCAUCGUGUAAACGAGACACAUCGUUUGUACGAUGCGUUACAAUAUCCAAUCAUUUAUUGGCAAGGGCAAGACGGAUACGACAUCACGUUGAAGAUGGUCGAUCCAAUUACAGGAGUAUCAACGAAUAAUAAAAAUCUAAGCGCAAUGAAUUACUAUGCGUAUCGUAUGAUGAUUCGUACACAUGAGGAGAAUGUCAUUCUGAAGUGCGGUCGGCUAUUCCAGCAAUUCGCUGUCGACAUGUAUGUCAAAGUCGAGACCGAACGUUUAGCGUUCAUCAGAUUCAAUCAGCCAAAGCUACGAUCUGAGGACUAUAUACACUUGCGUGAUGCUAUUCAUUCAGAUGGUGAUGUUCAGAAUAUUGGACGACUGACGGUUCUCCCAUCAACUUAUAUCGGAAGUCCACGCCACAUGCACGAAUACGCUCAAGACGCUAUGACGUACGUGCGAAAUUAUGGAACUCCGGAUUUAUUUAUUACGGUCACAUGCAAUCCGAAAUGGACGGAAAUUGAACGCGAGUUGGAACCGGGUCAAAAACCGCAAGAUCGCCAUGACAUAAUCGCCAGAGUAUUUCAGCAAAAACUCAAGGUUAUGAUGGAUGUGCUUACUAAGUAUCGAGUUUUUGGUGACACACGUUGUUAUAUGUACUCGGUGGAAUGGCAGAAGCGUGGACUACCGCAUGCUCAUAUCCUAAUUUGGUUGCUGAACAAAUUACAUUCAAAUGAAGUGGAUGACAUCAUAUCAGCUGAAAUUCCUGAUCCAGUCACUGAUCCCCGUCUACACGACAUUGUGACGACACAGAUGGUGCAUGGACCGUGCGGUGCAUUAAAUCCAUUAUCGCCUUGCAUGGCUGAUGGAAAGUGCACAAAACGAUAUCCGCGACCGUUAGUUGCUGAAACAGUCACAGGGAACGAUGGAUAUCCAGUUUAUCGUCGGCGUUCAAAAGAAGAUAACGGUCGAACUAUCAAAGUUAAAGUUCAAAAUCAAGAGAUUGAGAUCGGAAAUGAAUUCAUUGUACCAUAUUGCCCGCUGCUAUCACGAAUUUUCGAAACACAUGCAAACGUUGAGAGUUGUCAUUCGGCCAAAUCAAUCAAAUAUUUGUGCAAGUACGUCACAAAAGGCAGCGACAUGGCUGUGUUUGGUAUUGCGUCGGAAAAUGUGAAUGACGAAAUCAGCAACUUCCAAAUGGGCAGAUACGUAAGUACUAAUGAAGCACUGUGGCGAUUAUUGUCAUUUCAAAUUCAUGAAAGAUAUCCCACAGUUGUACAUUUAGCAGUGCAUUUGGAAAAUGGCCAAAGAGUUUACUUCACUGCGGCUAAUGCGGCACAACGAGCUGAGAGACCACCAUCGACAACAUUGACUAGCUUCUUAAAACGAAUCUGGUGGCGAAACGGAGUUCGCCGGCCUGUACUCAAAACAAAAAAUGACGGUUUAGAGAAAGACAUUGAAUUACUCAAUCAAAAAUUGGCCACUAUUGAGGUGAAUGAAAAAACUGCAAUAGAUUACAAAGAAAAGAAAUUGGAGCAACAAAUUUUACAUAAUUCCCCCUCAUCUAAUAUGAAUAAUUAUGUAAAAAUAGAUAAUCUACAGCCACUUGAAUCAAAGAUUUCAUUUAUAGAAAAACUUGUCUGUUCAAAAAUGAAAAAAUUCAUUACCAGCAACCUAAAUGCUGGCCUUGACAUUAUAUAUUCUGAAAACUAUUUCCUUGAAACAUUUAAACCGUUAAUUGAACCAUUGACUACACAUGGAAAACAAAAUACAAUAUAUGACACACAGUCAACUGAACUAAAAAAUAAAUCAAAAACCUCAUGCACUAGUGAUGAAGACGAUGAUAACGAAUUAAAUUCACCAUUUGAAAAUUUUUAA